GCAGGGAGGUGCACAGUGUAACGUCGCUCGUGUGUGUGUGUGUGUCUCUGUCUCUGUGUGUAGGCUAUCGCGCGUUCCGAGUCAACGUUUUACACCCGUCAGAAAUACAACGAGUUUUUCUAAUUUGGGUCACAGAAUAGACGUGUUGCAGUCUUGGUUUUAGGGUUUGGGGAACAUUUGUUUGCACAAAGCACACUUUUGAACAGACUGCUGUCUACAUUUGCUGUUUAUUUUCUCCCUACGAGUCGUAUUCGAUGGAAACAUGGCAAUUGAACGGGCGUCUAUUUGUGAGUAUGAUUCCUAUAGCAAGCUAUAGGCUACAGUUAUCUUAUCUUAUCUUAUAAGGUUGGUAAUGGUUGUAUGUUUGCGUUUUUUAACUUUGAUGGACUGGUGAUCCAUUUUUGCAUUCGAAUCGAGGUGUUGUCAAUGAUUUAAAACCAAGCAAUAUGGACUUUAUGGCAAAACGGUAGUUUUUUGUUUAUCAAUAGCCCCCCAGUAGCCUACUCGUUUAGAUUUUAGGGCAGAUUGAAUAUUUAAACUACCGUUUAUCGGUUGUGGUGGCCGCUCGCUAGCGCGUGCACGCGCAUACACAUCCUUACCCUUUUGAUCCUCACACACGCAAACACACACCUUCAAAAAAAGCAAACACACUUUGACACGCAAAAGCCUCAGCACGCAGGCUGGAUAUACACCAAUCAAGCCUCUUUUUGAGAUCAUAUUCCUCGCCAACUGUCAUACAGAGCCAGCAGGUGAAGAGUGCAGCGGUGGAAGGAUGACGUUGUCAUUUCAUCUUUUAAUUGUCCUGGUGUUCCCCCCCCUCACGGCCGCCAAACACAAUACAACUGCGGGAGGCUGUGCUAUCAUCCGUCCUCCCAGAGAUGGAGGGAUACGGUACAGAGGACUGACCCAGGAGCAGAUCCGCAGUGUGCAGGUGUUACCGGUGGACUAUGAGAUUGAGUACAUCUGCAGAGGGAACAGAGUGAUCGUUGGACCCAAUGUUAGGAAGUGUCUACCCAACGGUACCUGGACUGACCUCACCCAGCGCAGCAAAUGUUUACUACAGUGCCUGCGGGUGUGGACGUCUCUGGAGAACGGGCGUGUAUCAGAGUGGCCCCUGGGGCCCCCAGUGGAGGGGACCGUACUGCAGUACAGCUGUCUGCCAGGAUUCAUCCUGGUUGGCAGGAACUCAACACACUGCAACAAGCUGGGCCAGUGGGACUCGCCCAAACCCGUCUGCCACUAUGACAGACAUUACACAGAUUUCCACAAGGUCUCAGACUCAAUGAUGGGAAAAUGACCAGAUGAAGACUGAGACAGUUGUUGAUUUCCGUUGUUACUUGUAAUGUUACAAAUGGGAGAAAAAGAUCCAUCCCAUUUUUCUAAAUUAGCUACCUUGGCUACUUACCAUUCUAUAGGCUACAUAUUUGAGUCACCACUAGAAUAGUUAUUUUUAUGUUAUAUCUUUGUUCAAUCAAAUUAA